UGGUGUGUUUUUUGGGGUUCAGGUGCUUCAUCAUGGAGGACAGGGGGUACCUGGUGGCGCAUCCAACGCUCAUCGACCCCAAGGGCCACGCGCCCGUGGAGCAGCAGCACAUCACACACAAGGAGCCUCUGGUAGCCAACGACAUCCUGAACCACCCCAACUUCGUGAAGAAAAACCUCUGCAACAGCUUCAGCGACCGCACCGUGCAGCGCUUCUACAAAUUCAACACCAGCUUAGUGGUGAGGGGAUUUUCUGUCUGA